AUGAGGGGUCUUGACCAGGACAUGAAACACCACAGGUCCGUAUAUAUGUCCAGGAAAGGGAGUGGAGUUACUAAUUCUUUUGCUUAUAACGUGUAUGGGUUUGUACUAGCACUACAAGUGUGGAGCUAUGAGAUCAUUCAAAACUUGGUCCUUAAAUUCGCCACAAGGAAAGACGUUGAUGGCCCUUUUCGCCCAAGGAUACUGUUGUAUCAAUCGAAAAGGAAGAAUACAUUUCAGGAGAUGCAAUCUGCCUUUAACAGCGCUGUGUUUUCUAAGAUGCAAGAGUCCUCCGAGGAGACGAGUUUGUACAGUGGGGAGGAUUUUGAACACAUUAACAAUUCAUACGAUGAUUUCAAAGCAGCCAUCAAGCGUCGUAGCCUGCGUAACAUGAGUCCCCCAUCCGCAACUUCAACACCUCCAUCAUCACCUGCACGUGAACCGGCACCAGCAUCUCAUGUUCAGAUAAAGGAUGCCGAACAGGAGCAGAAGGAGAAUGACACCGGUCAGAAUGACAAUCGUGACAAUGAAGAGGAGGAAAAGCGGAAUGAUAUUCAAGAGGAGCAAAAGGAGAAUGAGAAGGUUAAUAAUGUUGAAUUGGAGCAAGACAAUGUUGAAUUGGAGCAGAAGAAGAUUGAGAAUGAGAUUGUUGAGGAUCCGCCGAUAGAGAAUGUUGAGGCUGUUGUCCAGAAUGAGAAUGUUGUCGAGAAAGAGGCCGUUGUCGAGAAAGAGGCCAAAAAGGUGGGGAAGAAGGUUGGGAAGAAGAAAGACGAAAAUGACGAAGAUGAACUAGAAAUAGUGAAUACUCCUCCUCCUCUUCCUAAGAAAGUCAUAUUGGUCACGAGAAGGAAUAGGAGGCCGAAGAAUGAUCCAGAUUUCACCGACCCCAAUCUGAAACAGCCCAAGUUAAAAGAUCCUAUCACCGUCAAUCCACUUCUAAAAUAUGACGAUCAACUUCUUCAUCAAUUGCAAACAUGGCUUAAAGAUCCAAAGACUGACAACAACAGAAUUGAGCUCCAUACUAUAUUAGGUGAUAAGGCAUUAUUUCGCCGAAUGCUAAAAAGGUUCACCUGGCUGACUGAUGAUGAAAUCGAUGCAGGUUGCUUCAUUCUGAGAAGAAGAGCUUGGGUAUAUCCAAAGACAUAUAAGAAGAACUUCUUUAUUGGAGAUUGUUGGCUCCACACCAGGUUCACUGCUGAGUACGCUGCGUUUAACAAAAGUCGUAUUGAGUUUGACAUUGAAAACUUUUUCGAAUACUUCUUGGGCGAUGAAAGCAACUUUAGGAAUAGUUGGAAAGUAUGCGAUGAUAUAUAUAUUCCUUUGAACAUCAAAGACGUCCACUGGAUACUUUGUGUUGUCCGUCUACAGCAAUGGCGCGUAGACGUAUAUGACUGCGAUCCUGGAUGUUAUGCUAAUCUUGAUGAGUUUGUGCUACCGAUGUGCCAAAUGAUUCCGGUUAUAUUUGACAAGGCAUUGCCUCUUGAAGAUAAAAAAAGAUUUCCUCUGCUCAACCCUGAUUCCGUUUUGCCAUACACAAGACGUCCAGAGUCAGAAGUUCCCAAAGCAACUAAGAGUGGAGAUUGUGGUGUAUUUGUACUAAUGUAUAUUGAGUACUUGACUGCAGGUCUGAAUCUAGCAGAAGUGACCUCAAAUGAGAUGAAAACUUGGAGAGAAAAGUGGGCAGUGAGGUUAUUUCAUGGACUUGUAGAUCCAUAG